AUGACGUCCCGCGAAGAAGCCGUCCUACUUCCCAUCGAUCCCUCCAUCACCGACGAGAAUGAUUGGUGGGAAUUCAGCCUGACCGAUGUAAAGAUCAUGAAACCGGGGAAGAUGCUCUAUGCGAACCUACUGGAUGCUACCGAGGAAAAUCCAGUGCAAGUGAUUGGAGUCCUGGAACAGGUCCCCAAGAACCAGACACAUCUGGUGCGCGAGGACAACGAACUUCCGAAACGCAUGAUUAUCGACGACGUUACGCACUAUGCCUACGGUCAAACCGAAGAUAAAAGCAUCGAGCUUUGGGUUGCUGGUAAGGCGGGAUGGUACGACAUCAGUUUGCCUGCCAGAGGCUACGUGCCUACAUACAAUCGUAUGGUCCAGGCCAUUGACAUGCUUUAUUUCCUGGUUGAUAAACAUCAGCAAGGAAAGAAACAAAUUAAUCCUUCCUUUCGGAGUCUUUGCGAACAGUAUGUUUACCACUCAUAUGGCGGAUGUGAAGACCGUGAACAAUCAGCCGAGGUUUUCUCAACACACGGUCCGUUUUUGCUUCGCUGUAUGCUCCAAGGCGAUGGUGAUGUGGACUGGAAGAUCACAAACGUCUUCGUUCACUUACGGCGCCAAUUUUAUGUAAGUACACACCUUAUGCACGAGGUGACAGAAAUACUGACAUGUGCCAAGGAUGAAUACAAACAGCUCAUGGAUGAACUCUUUCCCUCAUCUGAUAACGAGGAGGAUACAUCUAUGGACGAACCGGAACUGUCCACCCCACGGCACCAGCCAGCUGCCAUCUCGAAGUCACAAGCUGAUGCCAUUUAUCAAUUACUCAAGGACCUUAGAGAAGAAGGUCAUUUGGCAAAACGUCGACUGCAUCUCGACCUUCUAGCAGAACGCCUGGCUUCACGAUUUCCGUUCAGCACCGACGACGCUGAAAAGAUCAUCGCUAUCAGAGCACCCGCUGUCCUAGAAAUGAUGGAAGAAGAAGACACGCCCGGCUUCAGAUGGUCUCGCUAUGUCAUCCACCGCGAACUCACAAACGCAGCCACGAAAUCUGCCCCUCUACCACGAGAACUCUUAACACCUCUGAACUCGCUGGAAGAAUCCAGCGAUGACGAACGCUACGGCCGAACCCAGAAAUCCGUGCUACGUCCCAAAAUCAACUCAAUCUCUAACAAAGUCACCGGCAAGCGGAACCGCAACGUCUCCACAAACCAACAAACUGUCGAAUCCAACGACGAAGAUGAUGGAGAUGAUAUGGAUGAAGAUACAAUCGAAACACCCAGCAAAACUCGUGGUCAUGAAUUGAUCAGGGAUCCCUUUUCCGCCUCAAGACCUCGAACCCGGUCAUUCCUAUCCGCCUCCAGCGGUCUCGGUUCCAGCUCUCUUAUGAAGAGCCUAUUCAAAGACAACAUCCCGAAAUCAUCCACAGCCACCUCAACACUUACCGCCAAGUCCACACCAAAGCCAGAACCAAUCUCAGUCCCAAUACCUACCCCGGAGUCCUCACAAUUGCUCGAUGCAUCCGGCGACGAGUCGGAAUCUGAUACAUGGGUUUGCCGCAUGCCGGGAUGCGAGAAAGUGAUCACAAACAACAACAGAGAAGAACGCAAGAAGAUCAUCGGCGAUCAUGCCGGCGACCAUGAAUGGGAAACGCAGAUGAAGGUUGAACUAAUGGAAACGGAGAGACGAAUGCAUUCCGCUUUCGCUGUUACCAAUCUCAUGCAAUAUGUUGUCGAUCAGCAUGUUCAGCAGAUGCGAACCGCAUUUCCUGAGAUGUAUUCUGCGCCUCAGCACGGUGGCCAAGAAAACGGGCUGGAUGGGACUCUAGACGCGCCCUCCAGAAAUGGAGAUUCUACGCCUGAAAGUCAAGAUUCAGAGGAUGAGGAGAUUGCAGAUCUUGUGAAUGGCAAUUCUUGA